AUGGAAUCUCGCGAUUAUCUGAAAGACGACUGCGUGAGGUUUCGUUGCAGGAUUGUGGUCUUGACUCGUCAGGCUCAAGCGCCUCUUAUCGAGGAUGGUGUGGCCCAGCUGUCGAAAAGAAAUCCAAGGGCAGAUGUGUUGAUUCAAGUCGGGAAUGACAAGGUUUUUGCGCAUAAGUGGUUAUUAGCUGCCUCCUCACCCGUGCUCUGUUCGCGUCUAUCUGAUCCCCUCCAUUUUUCCAAGGGGUUGUUUGUUAUUCCUGAUGUGGAGCCCGUGUUAUUCAAGACAAUGCUCCAUUUUAUGUAUACCGGAAAACUCGAGGAAGAUGGUGAAGAAUUUGUCAGUUAUGCUGGUCCGUUUGUGCUGGAUUUAUUUAUAGGGAAAGUACUUGCAGCCGCGUAUCAAUUCAAAAUGGAAAAACUUAAGAAGUGUUGCGAAUCACGAAUUUUGAGCAAACUUUCAGUGAAAUCAGUUGCAUACUUGUUGCACCUAGCAGACGUUUGCUGCGCUGCAGAACUGAAAGCUGCUUGUUUUAGAUUUGCAGCCGAAAAUCUAGAUGCUGUAUUGGAUUCCGAAGGAUGUAAAUACCUUAGGAAAUCUUGCCCAUCAUUGUAUGAAGACUUGGCUCCCCGUGGCAUAUUAGGAUGGGAAUUUAGAGUGACCAGCAAAAUCUUGUCUGCUAUAGAGCCUUUUGUUGGUCUGAUGACAACGUUGCUGCUGGAAGCUAUUCCAGAAGAAUAA